CCUGGGAUAAAUAGUGGAGCUCUGCGCCAUGAGGCUGAAUCUUAGCGAUCCAUAGAGAAACUAGAGCCGAACUUGCACCGAGUAGCACCACGGCACAGCCAGCGAGAGGACUCCAUACACAGUUAGCUCGUUUUUAACGCUUUAACAGUUCAGUUUUCACUACGAGCAGCCGCCGUGAACGACAAUGAACGGGCAGAUGAACGGUUUUCAUAACUCCCUCAUUGAUGAGGACUGCUUCUUGUUCACCUCAGAGUCGGUCGGAGAAGGACACCCCGACAAGAUCUGUGACCAGAUCAGUGAUGCAGUUCUGGAUGCCCAUCUCAAGCAGGACCCUGAUGCCAAAGUAGCAUGUGAAACUGUUGCCAAAACUGGAAUGAUCCUUUUGGCUGGUGAAGUGACGUCACGUGCCACAGUGGACUAUCAGAAAGUGGUCCGCGAAACCAUCCGCCAAAUUGGAUAUGAUGACUCUUGCAAGGGCUUUGACUUUAAGACCUGUAAUGUCCUUGUUGCCUUGGAGCAGCAGUCCCCUGACAUUGCUCAAGGUGUUCACGUUGACCGCAAUGAGGAAGACAUAGGAGCAGGGGAUCAGGGCUUGAUGUUUGGAUAUGCCACUGAUGAGACUGAGGAGUGCAUGCCUCUGACGAUUGUUCUUGCCCACAAACUGAAUGCUAAGAUGGCUGAGUUGCGUCGCGAUGGCACACUUCCAUGGCUUCGACCUGACUCAAAGACACAGGUUACUGUCCAGUACCGUCAGGACCGUGGUGCCAUGCUCCCUGUGCGUGUGCACACAAUUGUCGUCUCUGUGCAGCAUGAUGAGGACAUCUGCCUGGAGGAGAUGAGAGAUGCCUUGAAGGAGAAGGUCGUAAAGGCUGUGGUUCCCUGCAUCUAUUUGGAUGAUGACACCAUCUACCACCUGCAGCCAAGCGGGCGUUUCGUUAUUGGAGGCCCACAGGGUGACGCUGGUCUGACUGGGCGUAAAAUCAUUGUGGACACUUAUGGUGGCUGGGGAGCCCACGGCGGAGGUGCCUUCUCAGGCAAAGAUUACACAAAGGUGGACCGCUCAGCUGCUUACGCUGCACGCUGGGUGGCCAAGUCUCUGGUGAAGGCUGAGCUGUGCAGGAGAGUGCUGGUCCAGGUGUCCUAUGCCAUUGGAGUUGCCCAUCCCCUCUCCAUUUCUAUCUUCCACUACGGCACCUCCAACAAGAGUGAGAGAGAGCUGCUUGAUAUUGUGAAGAGGAAUUUUGAUCUGCGUCCUGGAGUCAUUGUCAGGGAGCUGGAACUGAAGAAGCCCUUGUAUCAGAGGACCGCAGCCUAUGGCCACUUUGGCCGAGACGGCUUCCCAUGGGAGGUGCCCAAAAAACUUAAGUACUAAACAUGUUAAGCUUUUCCCCCUAGGCUUGUUGGUGUAUACUACAGAGAAGCCUCCAAGGUUCCAGGGGUGAAAUGCGCUAAUCUCUCAAUGGCAUCAUUUAACACAUGACUCCCUCCCUCACUUCAACUCCCUCCUUUUGUCUUGUUGCUGUUUUCUGCCGGUUAUAGCGUCACACUGGGUCAUAGGAGUCACGCCUCAGACACUUGAUGUUGAAAGAAUUGCAUGGGUUCCAUGAACUCAAGCCCCAUAGUUCUUUAUGCUCUCCCACAUCUUAAGAUACCCUGCUUCUUGUUGUGAUAGGCCCUAAGUAGUUGUGUUCAGUUUUUCUCCUUCAGCAUUCCACUCGUCAUUAUCGUCAGUAUUGUAUUCAGUGUCACGAUGGUAGCAUAUUAGGUCAUAUGCGAUUGAGUUGAUUUACUGGUGCUACUGAUUUUAGGAGUCUGCGCAACAUCUUAAACUUUACAAACCCUUUUAGAAGCAUCAUUUGAGGAUUGAAGGGCCCCCUGCCCUGACACCUUCUUAAAAAGAAGUAAAGCUUCGUUUUAAACAUUCCUCCUCCUUCAUCCACCUGGUGUAAUUACUCACUGACCCAGUGUCUUCUCUUUUCCCCUUUGUUGGCUUUAUUCCCUCAUCUUUGGAGGAUGCUAGAAUGGCACAAUUAAAAUUCAAGGGUUGUUGCUGUUUUCACAAAAAAAUAAAAUGCUAUGCAUUGCCGGCUAAGAGGUGAGCCAUUUCCUAACUCAAGCUCGCAAACGAGCGUAAAUGCCUCUACAGACCUUGGCUGUUUUCUGACGUAAUACAGAAAAGUCAGAAGCUGCUAUGUCACUGCUCUGGUCUGCAGAGGUGUUGGUAAUACUUGAUAGUGAUGAAAAUUUGGAUUGUAUAUGCAUUAAAAUUCUAUUUUAAUGAGUCCUUUUUUUAAAUGUAGUUUCACUCGCUUUUUUAUGGUUUGAAGUGACUCAAGGCCCUUUUGCUCCUUAAGUGUAUUGAUGGCAGGUGUAGCUACAGAGAAACCUGGUUCCCAUCUUUAGCCUUAAAGGAGCAUGCUCUCUGCCACAGUCUUAUUGGCUAGGACUCAAACCUCAACACUAUUUAUUUGUUCUCUGAAACCAGGCGUGGAUACAGAGAAGCCAUGGUUUCAGAAGGCAGCUUUAAACACAUGGUUACUGAAUCUUGAAUUCCUUUUGACUUGAUCAUUUUUCAGUGUUUGGCUUGAGGCUCCAGAGUGUAGUACAGAAAAGCUUUGGUCUGUCUUGGCUGGUAACUGUUGAUGACUAUUUUACAACCUUUUUUAUUUUGGAACUGUAGACCUUCUUAUGAGGUGGGUUAGUUGGAAUUCCAUUAAAAUGUCUGGCGCAAUUCUUGGACUCUUCCCUAUCCUCAUUAAUGGGGUGGCAACAUUUGGUUGGUGUAGUACAGAGAAACCAGCCUUGUUUACAUGGCCAUCCCACAGGGCGGAUAGAGUUUCAAGUUUUGGGUUUUGUUCCCUUUUACCACUCAGAGGUCAUCCCGUUGGUACAGUAAGUGUAAGAGUGCCUUUUCUAAUUCCUCUACCCCCCAUUUGCUUUUCUCCCUCCUGCCAACAUGCAUUCAACUACAGAAGGAACAAGUAGCUCAUAUUGUAAUGCUUCAUGUCUUGACUGGGUAGUCCUUAUGCUCUGUAAUAAACUACUCCUUUCAAAUCAC